CGGGGUGCACCUCGCUGGAUCUCCAGGCCUGUAAAGUGCUCUUCUCUCCUGAAAUUCUCCAAAUCAGCUCUGGGUAACAAAGUUUGGAGAUGGGUCACCAAGGCUGGGGCGAAACUGGUUUAAUAUUUUAGAGGAGUGAAGCUGGAUAAUUCGGCUAGAAUGGGGGGCAGGAGAGACUGGGGUCAAGAAGUAAGAGAAUUUGGGGCCGUGUUGAAUUAAUUUUAUGUUCUUUCAACAGGUGAUGGUUCACAGCGGAGAGGUAAGGUGACAAGGUGGUUUAUCCAACGGGUCAAACCCAGUGAACGGAGCUCUCUCCGGCUCUCCCCGAGCAGCCGGAAUUAGUGGGACAUAUGAGGGCUAGAAAGGCACGGCAUGAGGGGACGCCAGAGAAAUGGGGAGAACCCCGGGCCUGGGUCUGCAGGAGCGGGGAGGAGCCAGCGGAGGUUCUGGGCACCGUUUCCUCCCCUAGUUCCGCCCCAACUGCUAAGGUCCCGCCCCCACCGUUCCCACUCCACCUUCCCCCUCCCUGCCGCUCCCCAACCCAGGCUGGGCCUGGGCUACCCUUCCCCCGUCCUCACCCUCUACCCCCAGUCCCCUCCUUCCUGGCCUGCGCCAGGGCGAUCUUAUAGCAACCACAGCUUGGGUCUCUGGCCCAGAAAGAUAGGGGUCAAGGAAGGUCAGAGUUCCAGUUUGUGACCCUGUGACCCUGAGCAGGCUUCUCUCCUUCCCUUGGUCUCAACUUCCCCUUCUAUGCACUGGGUCUGACAAGAUGUACCAGGUCCCACUGCCACUGGACCGGGAUGGGACCCUGGUCCGAGUCCGCCUCACCAUGGUGGCCCUGGUCACGGUCUGCUGUCCACUUGUCGCCUUCCUCUUCUGCGUCCUCUGGUCCCUGCUCUUCCACUUCGAGGAGACUACGGCUACACACUGUGGGGUGCCCAAUUACCUGCCUUCGGUGAGCUCGGCCAUCGGCGGGGAGGUGCCCCAGCGCUAUGUGUGGCGCUUCUGCAUCGGCCUGCACUCGGCGCCCCGCUUCUUGGUGGCCUUCGCCUACUGGAACCACUACCUCAGCUGUACCUCCCAGUGUCCUAGUUACCGACUGCUUUGCCGCCUCAACUUCAGCCUCAACAUCAUCGAGAACCUCGCGCUGCUAGUGCUCACAUACGUCUCCUCUUCCGAGGACUUCACUAUCCAUGAAAAUGCUUUCAUUGUGUUCAUCGCCACAUCCCUCAGUCACAUGCUCCUCACCUGCAUUAUCUGGCGGCUGACCAAGAAGCACACAGUAAGUCAGGAGGAUCACAAGUCCUACGACUGGAAACAGCGGCUCUUCAUCAUCAACUUUGUCUCCUUCUUCACGGCGCUCGGUGUCUACUUUCGGCACAACAUGUAUUGUGAGGCUGGAGUGUACACCAUCUUUGCCAUCCUGGAGUACACUGUUGUCCUAACCAACAUGGCAUUCCACAUGACAGCCUGGUGGGACUUCGGGAACAAGGAGCUUCUCAUUACCUCCCAGCCUGAGGAAAAGCGAUUCUAAAUUCUUCUCUUCCACUUUGUCGGGGAUAGGGGUGGUGUGGACCACUGCCCAGAAAUCAGAAAUGAAAUACCACUCUGGCCUUUCCCACCUCUUGUGUCCUCUCUGGGCCCUUCUGAAGCUGGGAAAGGGGAGGAGGAGGAAGGGCAUAGUAUAUGGCUUUACCCAGUCCUACAGCAUCUCCUUUUCCCCAGCCCACGUGAAGGCACAGGGACCUUUAAACAAGCAUCAACCUUACCCAAGAGGCCCCAAGAAACUGAGCUGGCAGGAGAGCUCCACAAUUUGGUGCUAAAAAAAGUCCUGAGGUUCAUAACCACCAUCCGGUUCUUGGCCUUAACAUAGCCACCUCUCUGUGAGGUCAGGGACCACUGAGCAGUGGCCACCACCUGAAAACCACAGCCAUUAUCUUCACAUGGCCAUUCACUUGAUUAAUGUGUCUAACAAUCUACUCUGUACAUCCAGGCCUAUGACCACAGUUCCCUACUAAGGUUGCCCAGAUGGUCUAGUCCUCACUUCAUCUGUGAUGAUGGGGGUUGGCAGACUGUAUGAUUUCCAAGGGCUCUGCCAGGCUGUACUUCUGGUAUCACUUUGUGGAGGUCAUGGUCUGUACUGGAAAGCUGAGCUGCUCCAGAAGAAAAACUGCCACAGUAUAUCUUUCUUUCCUUCUGAAUUCUCUGGCUUACACACUAUUUGACAAAAGUGUGGGGUGGAAGAGUCAGAGGCACAGAUUCCUAUCCCCCAACUAGUGCCCCCUACCAAACUCUGUACUAUCCCAGGCCCUGAGCUUUUGUGAUUGUACAUUUUAUUUUCAAGGAAAAUAAAAAAAUUUUUUUUUG